GAGAAGCGGUAAUUUAUAGUUAGCAACGAGGUCAGAGAACAAACCGUACACAGAACGCCUGCCUCACCGUCGAACAUUUGUGAAUAUCGUGUUUGCUUAUUGAGCUACGGUACCAUCUGAGAUCACCAGCACAGAUAGUUGAUCACAGGAAACAUAAGCCAACGUGACUUGCCUGCCAUUUGUUAUUCACCGACUCGUGUCGUGUUGGGCGGGACAUCCUUGACCGGCAGGCAAGAUGGAUAUCGAGCAGGCGAAAGACGAGUUCGAGAAGCUGCUCCAGCAAAUCGACCCUGCGAAAUCGGCAGAGUUCAUACUUUGGAUACAGAGAAGGUAUCUGAUGGCAAACUGUGCAGGCCACCAAGUCGCCGAAGCCCACCACAAGAUGAGACAGAUUGCCGAGUACCUCAGAACCAUGGUGCCUGUAAAUGCAGUUUUUCCUUCAGAAAGCAUACUUGUGCCAAAGCAGGGAGAGAAUGCAGACUGUGAUCCAGCAACGACAGUUCAUGUUGAUGCAUUCCUUUACGAUGACGAAGCCAUUGACGAGUUGGUUGAGCAAGGAAGACUGAGCCGGAGCUACUGCAAAGCUUGUGGUUCUCACGACACGGCCCCCCUGACGUUUAUUUCGCACUCUGCGUCGGCUCGCAGAGCGGAGUUCAUUUUCAGGGAGAUGGUGCCUUACCUGAAGGACAAAUCUGUACUUGAUGUGGGCUCCAGGCUGGGUGUUAUGCUCUACGCUGCCCAUGCAUUCACGCCAGCGAAUCCAAUUAUUGGUGUCGAGAUGAAUCCUGACCUGUGCCAAAUUCAGGAAACUGCCAUCAAGCAUUUCCAGAUGGAAGACAGGAUCAAGGUCAUUAAUGCAAACGUGCUUGCCGUACCUGACCUUGUCGCCAGCUCCGACGUUGUCAUCCUCAACAAUGUGUUUGAGUUCUUCACGCCCGAGCAAGAACAGGUGGCCCUGUGGCAGUUUCUGAGGCGCACCAUCAAGAAGGGAGCCAUCCUCGUCACCGUUCCUAGCCUCGAGGACUCUCUCAAGAAUCUCCAGACUGGAAUAGUCAUAUCGGAGUGGGUCAAACAGAGCUACGUCACUGAUCCCCUGGCCUACAGCUUUGUCCUGGAUCACGAGGAGCUGACCGAACUGUGCAGCUACGAAGUUCUGUGAUUUGCUUGCUGUGUCCUUCGUGCAAAACUUAUUCAGUCAAGUCAUGCAAUGUUCUUAUUUUCAUCUGUCAGUUAUGAUGUGUCGGGCAGAAAAGUGCCCUCUUAUUGCGUCUAUUGGGCUAGAGCAGUUUAUACACAAUUUUAGCGAAUUCGGAAGUGCAAGAACAUACUAUAUAUAUAUAU